AUGGAUCGGACUGGGGCUGGGACUGGGGCUGGGACUGGGGCUGGGACUGGGGCUGGAGCUGCUGCCGCAGCCGGUGCUACCCCCGGAACCGCCUCUAUAUUUCCCAAGGGACCCAGCUUUACCUUUGAUGACUUUUCCAGCAAGGACUUUAUAGUCCGUGAUUUCAUCGACACGCUUACCGAGACUGCUAUCCCUGCAAGCCGCCGGUCUGGACAGUCCCAACCAGCAUUCGACCCAAAGCCGCUCAUCCGUACAUUUGAGAAUGCGCUGGCCCAACUCGCUACCUUGUCCGAAGAAUUACAAGAAAAAGAAUCCGAGCUACUCUCCAACGUUCGACGAGCCGAGAUACAACAUGACCAAACCCUCGAAACUUUGGGUCACAAGCUCGACCAGUCCAUGCAGUCCUUCGAGGCGUUGGAUCUAUCGCUGAACAACCCUGGCGACAACGCGGACCGAAUCGGGGGGCACAAUGGCACCGGCGGCGCAAACGUGGCGGUCCAAAUAGGAGAAAUGCUGGAAGAGCUCGACAAGAAGAGAAGACGGGCGCAGGACGCCAGCUUCUUGAUUCAGUGCUGGACAGAAGUCAGCGAGACGGGGCGACUGACAUCCCUGGAAGAGAUACAACGACAAGGCGGAGCAGAGAACAAGGUCCGGUGUGCCGUCAUCUCCCGCCAGCUGAUGCGAAUCAGUCAGCGGUUGGACACGCCCUCUUGGGCCGAGACCAAGACCGCUCGAGCGAACGGCCUCAGCAACGGCUCGACGGAGACGAACCACCGGACACAUCAUAAUACGCGAGAGGUGAUCGAGAAGUUCAGCGAGGGUCUGGAGCAGGAGCUGUUGCAGCAGUUCAACAACAGCUAUCGGCGUCAAAACCUGGACGACAUGAGGGAGUGCGCCAAAGUUCUCCAGGACUUCAACGGGGGUGCCAGCGUCAUCGCCAUCUUCGUCAACCAGCACCAGUUUUUCAUCGACCGGGACCAGCUCAUCCACGACGAGGUCACGACCGACAACGAAGUAUGGGAACAGCUCGCCGACCCGGAUUCGGACCCUCCAGGCGUGGAGCCCAGCCUGCAGUCUUUGGUCGACGAGGUCAAGAUCGUCAUGCAGGAGGAGUCGUUCAUCAUCAAGAGGGCGUUCCCGUAUUACGAGACGGUCCUAAUCAAGUUCAUCCAGAGAGUAUUCCAGCAGUCCAUCCAGCAGCGGCUGGAACUAGUGCUAGAAAAGGCCAACACCGUUUCGUCCCUCGCCUUCCUGCGGUCCCUCCACUCAUCCAGAGCCUACAUCAGUGCGCUGGUGGAGGACCUCAAGUCGCACGGCCUGACCGAGUACCCGGAACCGGCAUCUUCGCAAAUCUCCCAGACCCUGGAUCAGCAGAUGGAGGAGCUGUUUGUGCCUUACCUCGUCGGCAAUUCAUACAUCGACAGGGAGAAGAAGAGCUUGGAAGAAAUGUACAACUCCCUUCUGUUCAAGUUCACCGCCUACCACGCCAAGCGGAAAAAGGCACCGACGGGCUUCAUGGCCUCGCUCGCGCAGCAGAGCACCCAGCUCCUGUCCUCGGCCAAGGACGCCUACCUGGAGCGACUGAACUCGUCCGAGCUGACCCCGACGCAGAAAGCCAUGAUGCUCCGCGUGGCCGGACUGCAGGACAACCGCGACAACAAGCACGACGUCGAGGUGACCGAGGAAGACGGCCAGCUCAGCGUGCAGAACGCGAAGCGCAUGAUGAAGUGGCUGGCGGAAAGCGUCCGACGGACCCUGGAGCUGGGCUCGCCGGUCGAGACGCCCAAGGACGUGAACGUGCUGCUCCACCUCCUCCUGGCCACCAUGGACCAAGUCUACAUCGAGACGGGGCUCGACGCCGUGCUCGACCAGUCGACGUCCCUGGAACAUUCCAAGACGGAACCCGACCUGAGCUUCCUCCCCUCGGUGCGCUCAGCCGUGACCAUCGCCGCCAUCAUGGAACGCUUCAUCACCACCGUGCUCAUCAAGCUCGCCGAGCCCAACACCACCGUGCGCCGCAGCAUGUCCGCGAAGACCCAGACGGCCAUGGACGACAUCGAGCGCAAGAUCAACGGCGUCAUGAAGAGCGCCGCCGACGUCCUCACCAACUGGGUCGCCCGCUGCCUCGCCUCCCACCAGAAGAAGCUCGACUUCCGCCCCCGCGACGCCGAGCUCGACACCCUCCAGACCGCCACCUGCCUGCAGGUCAGCACCUUCCUCGCCCGCGCCUCCCACCUCGUCGCCCAGGUCCUCGACGGGCCCAACCUGGAAGUUUUUGCGUCCGAGCUCGCCCUCGCCGUCCUCCUCCUGCUUUUCGAGCACUUCAAGAAGUUCCAGGUCAACGCCACCGGCGGCCUCAUGGUCACCCAGGACAUCUCCAAGUAUGUCGCCAGCCUCAAGGACUUCGGGCCGCUGACCCGCGAGGUCGAGACUUCGGUCGAGCUCCUCACGGAGGUCGGCUCCCUCUUCAUCGUCGGACCUGAGGCCCUGCGGGAGAAGGCUCGUACGCUUCCCGCCGCCGCUCCGUCCGCCUCUGCCGGCCUGGGCCGGAAACUGACCAAGGCCGACUUCCGGGCCUUCGUGCAGAGGCGGGACGAUGCUAGCUCACCGGGAAUCCAGGGCGUUCUAGCUGCGUUAUGA